GAGGAACUUUCCUCCGAGGGUCACGUUGCUGUUCCUCCCAGCUCCCUGUCUCCCUCUCAACGGACCUCACUACUUCUCUCCCCUUUCCCUUCCCCAAAAAACUCUUUCAACUCCUGGGACAAGCAGUUUCUCUUCCCCCUAACACAACCUUCAGAGGUUUCCCGAGGCCCUUAAACCUUUUUCUCUGCCGUCUCAGCCCCAAGAAGACAACUUUUCCUUCACCUCGGACCCAGAAACUUUUUGUCCUCCCCAGCCUUCCUCCACUGUGGGAUCAGACAUCCAGCUUCACUCAGCGAGGACGGUGGAGCCAACCAUGCCCUCCGACUUUCUAACACCUUUCCUGGAACUGGAUGAGGAGUUCUUUAAGAAUUUCCGCGGCCUGGAGGCGACAGAUGGCUCGCCUACCGGCUCGCAGCUGCAACGGCAGCAGCACAGUCAAAGAGUCCUGGGUUUCCAGCGCCGCCAUUCGCUGUGCCCCGUGACCCUCCCCAACUCCAAGUUCAACCACAGCAGCAGCUCUGAGGUGACCGACUCAGCAGGCUGGGGGCUCAACGUGGCCUCCAACCAGGGGUGGAGCGGUGAAAGUCAGCUUCCCCGCUCCUCGCUCAGCCACAUCCCCUUCAGAGUUGACCGCUCGAUCAGCAUGAUCGAGGGAAACGUCAGCAGCUUGGGAGGCAGAGAGGACAAAAUGGCUAACCUGUCCCCAAAACUGCUGCUCCCUCCACCAGGCUUCUGCCUCAGCAACACCUCUCUCCCCUCCAUAGCUCCCCUAUCUCCUGUCUCCAGAGACUCGGCGCCCUCACCUCACAUCUCCACCCGGUACAAGACCGAACUCUGCCGUACCUACGAGGAAAGCGGGACCUGCAAGUACGGCGCCAAGUGCCAGUUCGCCCACGGCAUGGACGAGCUGAGAGGCCUCAGCAGGCACCCCAAGUACAAGACGGAGCCAUGCCGCACGUUCCACACGAUAGGCUUCUGCCCGUACGGCGCCCGCUGCCACUUCAUCCACAACGCCGAUGAGAUCCUUGGUGGCAACGGCGGCGCACCUCCUCCGAGACAGAAGAUGAGGCCUCUGCUGCGUCACAGCGUCAGCUUUGCAGGCUUCUCCUCAUCUCCUCAGACUUUCCAACCAGUUGAGGAGUCGCUGCCUUCCUCUCUCCUCUUCACCCGGGCCUCCUCCGUCUCCCCUCCUCCAUCCUCCACAGGGAGCCCAGAGCUCCUCUCCCCUCUCUUCCCUGAGCCAGGGGCGCUGAAGCAUUGUCCCUACCCCUUCUCUGGCAUCACCGACCUGGCGGGCGACCGCGGUGAUUCGUCUCUACGAUUCUAUGCCGUGACCGAUUCUCUCAGCCCCAGGUGUGCCACCUCCACUUUCACCUCCAAAAAGCCAAACCUCCCUUAUCACAUCCCCCAGCAGCUGCCAGUCUCCCUGAACGGCCUCCCCGGCCUUCAGCGCUGCUCGUCGGCCGACUCCCUCUCUGAGGAAGGCUACACCUCCUCCUGCUCCCUCAGCUCUUCCUCCAGCGGCACAGAGUCGCCGAGCUUUGAGGGCCGACGCCUGCCCAUCUUCAGCCGGCUGUCUGUCACAGACGAGUAGGGAAGGGUUUUACUGUAGGGCUGAAUUUAAUCAGGGAUAGAUGGUCUAACUGUUUAACACUUAUGUGACGAGAAUCUGGGUUUUAUGUCCAGCAAAAAUAGCAGCUUUGACGCAUGUAAUCUCUGCACAACAUAGGGUGUUAAUGAAACAGAAACUCCACUAUCACAACUAAACAUUUUAAAGUCACAAAGGAUUAAAACGUUAGGUUUUCCGUUCCUCCCUAAAUCCAGCCAGGUAAACGUACCUAACUUUGUGCAUAUUGCAUUUCUCAUCCAAGCAGUUGUAGCGCUGCUCAGUGUUCGUCCAGUUUUAGCUGACUUUUGUUUUAUUGUUAUUUGUUCUUUUAUGCCAUUGUUACUGCUGUAUACUGUUGUAUACCCAUUUUUAGAGAAUACUUGGAGGGUACUUCACUUUGCUCGGCAUUUUGCCCAUAUGCUGGAAGUUCUGUGUGAGAAUUUCCUGAACCUUGAUUUAAGACGUAUUUUUGCUGUUUGCCCUGUAUGACUGGUGUGCUAUCCAUUUUUUUGUUAAUUAGCAUUGUUGUUUUUUUACAGAUUUUAUUUCUUACUUUAACAGUUUAUAGUGAUGCCAGCCUGCAGCACUUCUCCAGUCAUAUUAGGGCUCUCCGACUGUAUGAAUCUCUUGUCCACGAGUAAGAGGGUUAAUAAUAACUGUACGCUGUCACUGAUUGGUUAAUUGAUUGGUUGUAUGGCUGCGGCCACUUGAUUGUAUUUGUCAGUCAUUUGAACUGCCUGGCAAGGAUUCAGCUAAACUGCCUUAGCAAGAAAAAAUAGCACAAGUAGGCAACCCACUGACUCUCUAGUUACCAAAGUUGAUGUUAGAGUUCCCCUAACCUCCUAGUACUGUUAACACCUAGCCUAGCCUUUAACCCACCACAGGUACAGUGUUAGGAUUUUAUAGCUUAACACUUUUGUAGACUUAUUUAUUGCUUUUUGUAUAAUUUGUUUGAUUGUGUUUAUGCAUUUUUUUUUUUAUUAUUAUACCAGAGAAAUUAUGCUUUACUUAUGCAUUCAUGAUGUCCAUCUGCUUGGUUUACACUAUCCAGUAGCUUUAAGAAGGCUCGCAGGAGAGGAGAGGAAAAGGGGGAAGAGAAAAACAUUUUGGCAUUCUAUAUGUACGUAUGUUGCCUUACUGGCUAAAAGGCCUGGUAGAAAUCAAGACUCACUGGGUUUUUCACAUUAAAAGCACGGCUACCGAGGAUACUGCAUCUGCAACGUCCUCGAUCAGCGUUACUUUCUGCUGUUGGUGUGAGCAUUCAGUGAGUCUACUCUCCUCUCCAUUCAGCCUCACACCUCUGACUGCAAUAACCUUUUUUUUCCAAUUGUAAAGUAAAACGGUGGCGAAAGAGGGGUUCACCACUCACUCACGGCCUCAGUGUGAGUCAGCAGCGGUCAAUAAAAGUGUGUGUUACACUAAGAAGAAAGAAAAAUGUUAAUGUUAGAGAAGAGUGUUACUGUUUCUGCUGCAUUGUGGUCGUGGUGUGUGUGGUAAUCCCUACCUUUUAAAAGAAAUCCUGUGUGCUAUCUUCUUCUCUUGUGAUGUAAACAAACAGGUGAAAAGGUGACCUUUGUUUAUAGUUGAUUUUUAUCUAUCAGAGUUGCCUCGAUGACAAUGUGUUUGUAGGUCGACCUCUGUUGCACGCUAGCUCGCUAGCUUACCUCUCUGAGCGGCGGGUGAAAUCAAGCGAGUUCAAAAUGAAACCAGGCAACGUUUUGAUUGUUUGCUUUUGUCAUGAAAUCAACUCAACCUGCCCGAAGAGUCCAGAGACGCUUCUUGUUGCUGUAGCUUAUUGUUAGCUCCAACCUGGCAACAAGCCGUUUUUUUGUAACUUUUGUUAACUUAAAAGUCUUAUUUAUUUCUUUUGUUUUUCAAAGUGAAACCUAUAUUGUGGUGUUUGAUACUGUGUUGUUGUUUUUUUACAUAAUUUAAGUGCAUUUAUUGUUUACAUUCCAUGGGUUAUGUUGAUAUCCUAGCUCUUUAUCUUAAUAUAUUUGUCCCCCUUUUAUUUCAAAAUAAAAGUCUUUG